CAUAGUUCCCCCACUCUUGGAGACGGAAGAAACUGCUUCUUGAAAUUUUGUAGUAACACGAUUGUCUGUAUAAUAUGUCGAAAACGUAUCACAACCGAUAAAGAGAAAGAGAAGCGCUGGGGUGAAAUCGCCUCAGUUUUGAAAGUACCGGGUGAGUGAAAGCUGCUAGCCUGCUAGCUAACAUAUGUAAACAUAGCUGACUAGCUGAUCACGUGAGGCGCUCCAUCUGGCAUGAUAAUCUUAAUAAUAUCUUGUAGUGUGUGAUGUGCCACGAAUUUCAAAUUUUGUAGUGUGUGCAUGUUUAAGAUUUGAGGGAAGAUAAUCUGCAAAGAUUCUCCUUAUGAGUGUGCUGCAACCAUAUUUCAUAAUCGUUUAGGAUUUUAAAACUCCUCUAGUCUGAGCCCGGCUUAAUAUAUAUAACUAAAUAGUGUCUGAUUUUUUUUUUCUCACGAGGCGUUAAUCGAAACCAUGAAUAGAGCAAAAUUAUCUUUGUUGUAUUAACAACUUUGAAAAACUCAUAACGGUGUAACCAUUACACUAUGUAAAAAAGAGACAAAAGAAACAAUAAUCGUAUGCUUAUUUUUGCUAAUGCAUUUAAUAAACUAAGUAAUAUGAUUUUGAAAAUACAGCUCAGCUUUGCAGUGCUGAUCUGAUUGGUUUGGACUGUCACUCAUCUGUCUUAAGUUUCGUUUUCCCAACAUAGGCACGCCAAGUAGCCUAUUGUAAAGUGAAGGAACUUGGAAGAAGAAAAGAAGUUCUUGAAAACUGUGACAUUAACAGCUCGGUAUUUAGCAGCCGAUUUAUUUUUCAUUUAUAUUCAUUUUCUACCUAUAGAAAUUUUAGAGCGUUUUUUUUUUUUUUUUCAUCUCUAUAAGUGAAGAGUCACUGGGUUACUACUGCUGGAACCCCAAAAUAAAAGUAAGAGGAGCAGACAGGGAAAUACAACGAUAAAAGUUCUCCACAAAAAAAAGUGAAGAAUUUAACAAGGCAUAAUGACAGAAGAUUCUUCUGCUGAGUUGGAUUUCUCUGGAGCUUUGCAGAGACUGGGAGAAAGUGACCCAAAUGCAGCUGUUGCAAAGGCUAAAGAGCAGUUGGACGGUCUUGACAGUGUGACUCUGAAUAUUGCAGUGACUGGGGAAACAGGAGCAGGAAAGUCUGCCUUCAUCAAUGCAUUUCGAGGUCUGAAUGAUGAUGAUGACGAUUCUGCACCAACAGGAAUAACCGAAACAACAAAGGUAGCUACCAUGUACACCCAUCCCACGAAGUCAAAUGUCAGACUGUGGGACCUGCCAGGGAUUGGUAUGCCUAAUUUCAAGGCUAACAAAUUCCUCAAGGAAGUGAAAUUUGAGACAUAUGAUUUAUUUAUCAUCAUUUCCUCAGUGAGGUUCAAGGAAAAUGAUGUCUUUCUGGCCAAAGAGAUUCAAAAAAAGCAGAAGAGGUUUUAUUUUGUCCGGUCCAAGAUUGAUAAUGACAUUUGGUCAGCGUCGAAAACAAGAACAUUUGAUGAGCAGCAGGUACUUUGCACGAUUAGAGAGGACUGCCACAGAAACGUGAAGGAGCUAGGAAACCCCAAGGUGUUCCUCAUAUCCUCUUAUGACUUGGGAAAAUAUGACUUCCAAGACCUGGUAGAUACCCUAGAGUCAGACCUUUCAGAAUACAAAAGAUUUGCUCUAGUCCAGUCUUUGCCUGUGUGCUCUCUGGCUAUGCUAGAGAAGAAAAAAGAGGUUAUGGAGAAGUUUAUUUGGCUUGCAGCACUGGGCUCAAGUCUGGGUGCCGUUAUCCCAUACCCUUUAUUAUCUCUGGCCAUUGACAAGACGGUUUUGAUGGCCUAUCUCGUAAGUUGUCAUAACGCUUUGGGUUUGAAUGAGCAAUCACUCAUUAAGCUGUCAGAGAGAAUGAACAAGCCUCUCUCACAGCUGAAAUCAGCUAUAAAGUCUCCUUUAGCAUUAGCAGUGGUAGACAAAAUGGCAAUUAGGCCUCGUACAGCUGUGACGAAACCAGUGAAAAGAUUAGAGGAUCUGCUUGAUACUAGAUUUCUUGUAAACAGUUUUAUGAAUGCGACUGAGGCCUUUAGAUCAACACAGAUUGUCUUGCAUGGGGCACUAAAUGACAUGAUAAAUGACAUGAGACAGGUCCUUCAAGCUGCAGGUUUGGAUGAAUAAAAUCAAACUAGCAAAGAGAUGUUUACCAAAAUUUUAUUUUUUAUCAGAACAUCAAAAAACAAAAAAGUUUAUUGGCCAUACGUCUGCAUUGGGUAACUUGCACUUGCAGUUAAAAUGUUUGUAAAGAAAUGUUAUAAUGAAUAUUGUCCAGUUACGUUCUUCAUAUUUUGUAAUAGUGCAUGUUAAAUGGAAUACUUAGAAUGAUAUGCAUUUAGACAACAAAAUGGGUGAAAUGUGUGACUUUGUACUGUUUAAGGAUAUGUGGGAAUCUGAUGGUUUGUGCAAAUAUUCUGUCAACUCAUUUUAUUAUACAGUUGUGGAAAUGAGCAGUAAUAACCUCAUUGAAUGUUUAACUUGUUUUACAAUGGGCUUUAGGCCAAGGGUCAGAAUCUGUUUAUAUGACCUUCUUCUAAACAACAUAUAUUUUCUUUAUAUUCUAUUUAAUUUAAGUGAAUUUGUUUUAUGCAUAUUUUUAAUGAAAUUACAUUCAUUGAAACAAACAAUAAUAAAUGUCAGGUGUUAAAUUUCAGGAUUUACUAGUAUUACUACAUUCAGGCUUGAAGGGGUUUGCUUUUAUUAUUGAAAUGUGUGGUUUAUUAUAAACAGGGACAGAGUCUGAAUUUAAUUUAAAAAAAAAUGUUUUCUUGUCAUUAUUUCCAUCAACAAAUAUAUAAUUGU